AGGUGAGAUGCAGGCUGACAGGCCACGAGAUGCCAUGUCGGCUGCCGGAGCUGCAGGCGUAUACGAACGGCAAGAAGUAUCAGCGGCAGAACAAGACAGCCAGAGAGUUCGACUAUGGCAAGUUUGAGCCCCAUAUAGUGCCCAGCACAAAGAACCUGCACCAGCUGUUUUGCAAGCUCACUCUCAGACACAUCAACAAGUUUCCAGAGCACGUGCUGCGUCAUGUCCAAGGGAAGCGCUACCAGAAGGCUCUAAAAACAUAUGAGGAGUGCCAGAAGGAAGGAGUGGAGUACGUCCCUGCCUGCUUGCGACAGAGGAAGCAGCGGACGCAGCACCCUGAUGACCAAAAGAACGGGAGCAGGCAGCCUUACAGAAAAGAGGAAUUCUGGGAGCCAAAAUCCAGCGAUGAGGACGGAGAGGAGACGGAUGACAGCAUGAGCGACCUGUACCCACCUGCACUCUUCCCAGAAAAAAGCCCAGCAGCUCCACAAACCACAAAGGGCAGCGAUGACUUUGCAACAGACAGUGAGGAUGACGGGGCCAAGCAGAAUGGCGACGUGAACGGAGAGGACGGUGGAAGAGCAGUUGGCAACAAAAGGGGAAAGCAACAGUCAGGCCCUUUAAAGAAGAAAUUCAAGAGUCAUCAUCGAAAACCCAAGAACUUCAAGAAAGUGACCAAUGGCAAAUAAAUUUUAUGAUAAAUAUGUGG